CUCUCUCUGCAACUCCCACACUUCAAUUCUCUCUCUCUCUCUCUCUCUCUCUCGCCAAGAACUCAAUCUAUUUCUCCACAACCAUGAGUCCAAGGCCUCUCGGUUAGGCCUCUCCCCGACCUUCCUCACGUUAAGCGUAAUAAUUCAGAUCAUAAACCCAGGAAGGAUAUGCCAGAGAUAUUUAGUUUCACUGCUGAGGGAAUACUUGCAAAGGCGGCUUCACUUGCCACUGAACCGCUCAUCCGUUCUUGGGGACUUGAAGCAAAACUGACAGGCCUGCAUCAAACAUUAUCCCUGAUUCAAGAUAUCACGUGUGAAGCUGCUGAGCAACUACAAGAUCCGCGUGAGGCAGUGGCGUUGUGGGCGCAGAAACUUAAAGACGUAGCUAAUGAUGCCGAUGAUGUUUUGGAGGAAAUUGACUAUGAAGUUCUCCGCCAUAGGCUACAGAUACAAAACCAUUUGAAGAGAAAGGUACUCAACUUCAUUUCACUCUCUAAUCCGGUUGCAUUUCGUCUUAAAGCAGCACAUAAAAUUAAGAACAUCAACGCAUCGUUGGUGGAGCUCAAGAAUCAGGUGUCUAUUAUGGGACUAGUUUCCAAAAACAUAGAUGCAACUUCUCAAGCAAUGAGAUCGGUCAGAGAAACCAAUUCAUCAAUUGGCAAUGAAAUCAUCGUUGGCAGAGAUGAGGUCUUGUCAAAUAUACUUGCAAACUUGACCCGUUCCGAAGUCAACCAAGAAACUCUUUCGGUUAUGGCCAUUGUGGGAAUGCCAGGUUUGGGAAAAACUACUUUGGCCAAGUUAGUUUAUAAUGAAGAUGAGAUAAGUAAACACUUUGAUAAGAAAAUAUGGAUACAUGUAUCUAAUACAUUUGAUGUCGCUUCAAUUUUGGGUCGAAUCUUAAAAUAUGUUGACUGUGCAACGGUUGAUACACAAUGUCAGGAGGCAGUGCUUAAAAGCCUCCAAGAACAGUUGAUGGAGAAAAGAUGUCUUCUUGUACUCGAUGAUGUUUGGAAUGAAGAUUCUGAAAAAUGGAGCAAAUUGAUGAGUUGUUUGUCAGAACUCCAUUUUGCAUGGGGGAGCACCAUACUUGUCACUACACGCAGUUCCAAAGUUGCAACAAUUACAAAAACACUUCCUUGCUAUGAUUUGGGAUUUCUGCUAUCUGAAGACGAAUGCUGGUCCAUAUUGAAGGAAAGAGCAUUUGUAGAUAAUACUGCUGCUCCUACAGAUCCUGAUCUAGAGGAAGUUGGAAGAGAGAUUGCCAAAAAGUGUGCAGGUUUACCAUCUGUGGCAAAGGUAAGGACUAUUAAUUUAGUAUUAUUUAUUUGA